AUGCCUCUGCUCCAACCUGCAUCCUCGGUUCCCCUUGCUGGACGACCCACACGUGCCUACGUGGAAGUGACAGGUAGGACUGCCACGUGGCAUGGGCCAGCUCAGGACAUCGCAGCAGCCAAUCAGAGUCCUGAAAGCAGCACUGCCUGGGCUGAUGACAGCGCUGACGGUGAGCCGAUUCGUCUGUUUGUGACGUAUGCUGUGAGCGCAUGGGUGCGAGGGGAGGAAGGAGGGGCAGAAGAAACGGAGGAGAAAGAUGCACAAGGAGGGGAGGGAAGGGUGGGAUCACACGCAGUGAACAUCGCUUUAGGGGUGGAUGGGGAGUGGGCGAAUGCCGGGUCGGUGGAAGCUUCCGGGAAGGAGUGGGUGCGGUGCUGGGGGUCGUUUCGCCUGGAGAAGCCGUACGGGCGAGCAGUGCUGUACGUGCAGGGCCCGCCGCCAGGUGUCAGCAUCCUAUUGGCCGACGUGCGCGUGGUGCCUGUGGACUGGCGGGAGAGGGUGCCGUGGCUGCGAGAGCAAGCAGACAGGCUUCGCAAGGGAUCGCUUCGUCUCCGCCUCCUCUCUGCCACCGGCCAGCCAAUCCCGAGUGCCCACGUGUCAGCCAAUCAGACGCGCCGCGCCUUCCCUCUGGGCACCUGCGUGAACGCCAGAGACCUGCUGGGGAACAAAACCUACCAGUCCUUCUUCCAAUCGCGUGCCCAGGGAGGGGGAAUAGGAAACAAAAAGGACCUACAGAUUUUUCUGUACUCCCCCCUCCUCCUAUUUACCGCCCUCCCUCUCCCCCCUCAACUCCCCCUCAACACAGGUGCUAUUGACAACAGAAUCAAGUCUCUCCCCUCUCGCUACCCCUCGUGCUUCGCUCACAUGGAUGUCAACAGCGAGAUGCUGCACAGGGGAUUCUUCUCCUCCUGGUGCAGGCUGUCCGUCCACUCUUCUCUCCCCCACCUCCCCUAUCCCACCCCUCCUCCCUACACAGAAGCCAUCGACAGCAGAAUCACAUCUUUCUUUACUCGCUACCCUUCCUGCUUCACCCACAUGGACGUCAACAACGAGAUGCUUCAUGGAGGGUUCUUCUCCUCUCGCUGCGGCCCAUCCAUCGUCCCUCGCAUGUUCAAGUUCGCCGCCCAAAUUGAUCCAUCUCUUGUCCUUUUCCUCAACGAGUACCACAUAGAGGACGGCGAGGAUGAAAAGAGCCGCCCGGAGAAGUAUACGCAGUUCGCCCGCCAGCUCAUCGCCAGCGGGGCGCCAGUUGGCGGACUCGGCACACAGUGCCACAUCAGCGCGCCAGUUGGCGCCCACAUGAGACAUGCUUGGAAUAUCCUGGCAGAUGUAGGGUUACCAGUUUGGGUUACGGAGCUAGAUGUGAGCUCAGCAGACGAAAAAGUGAGAGCGGAUGAUUUGGAGAUUUGCCUUAGGGAGGCGUUUGCACAUGGGGGGUUGGAAGGGGUGGUGCUAUGGGGUUUCUGGGAAGGUUCCGGGCCGGAUCAGCCGUCCAUGUCGAGGAAAAACGCACACUUGGUGCGUUCUGAUUGGUCGUUGACGGAGGCAGGGGAAAGGCUGAAUAGGUUACUAGAGGAAUGGACGACGAGGGAUGUGGUGGGGAGGACGGAUGAGGAGGGGUGGUUUGUGGUUGAGGGGUUUGCAGGGGAGUAUGACGUGGUGGUGAGGGAUGGAGGGCAGGAAUGGAGGACGAUCGUGGAAGUGAUUCCGCAGAAAGAGUGUGUCUUUGAGUGGAGGCUUGAGAGCGGAAAGAUUUGA